ACAGAGAAACCCUGUCUCGAAAAAACAAAAAACAAAAACAAAACAAAAAACAAAAAAACCUAAAAUAUGUCUGCCAAUAUCUAACCUCCACACUCUAAAUUUCUCUACUAUCGACUAGCUUUCUUUUCUUCUCAGUCUAACACACACACACACACACAUAUACAGACAUAUUUGAAGAAAAUAUUCUGGACUUGGAAAGACAGAGAGGAAAGACUGGGCUGGAAACUGAAAGAGGCAGGGAGGGCUGAGGUGAAUUGAUGCAUGUUUGCUGGAACAGCAGUUAGUUAGUGGUUUCCUCUUGUGCUUCCUCUUCUGAGAGCUUUCUCCUCCCUGGGGCGCGGGGGGCGGGGGGGGGGGCUGGCUUAUCUCUCUCCUCCCCAGGAAGGCAGAAUAUACUUGGUGUUUGGGCUUUUGAACUACAGCGUUGCAGACAGUUGUAGACUGACUCAUGCGUGAGCCCCAGCUGAGUCCUAAGAAUGUUCCCUCUAUGCUGACCCUUGAGAUCUGCACCAGAGCCUCUUCCCACUGAUAAGAGAGAUGGCUUCCAUGAAGCCUUAUUUCCCAGACACCUCCUUUUUUCCCUCUGGUCAGCAAGUGGCCAGCGGGCAAUCUGCUCACAGUUAGAUCGCUGGGAGAAACUUUAGAUUCAAACAGGUUUGGCUGCCUCUCUUGGCUGUCUUUAUGGCCGCAGCUGCUCUGAUCAUCACUAUUGACUGUGGCUGCCUGAAUUGCUACGCACACACAAAUGCGUUAUCUUGCCUUUAUUUUCCAGGCUGCUCUGUCCUGGGAUCACCCAGCAGUGCUCCUGGAUUUGAAGCCAGGACUGCAUUAAAAAAAAAAAAAAUGUAGACUGCCAUCUUAUCUCUGAGCUCCCACUUCUUCUUUCUCCAGCUCUUCUUUUCUUCUGCUGCCUUCUCUUCCUGGGUCUGAUCCCUUCCUCUUCUUGGUAAACCAGUCCCUAAUCUCUUCAUACCCCAGAAUGGAAGGUGUGUCCCUCUCUGCCACUCCCCAGAGCUGUCACCAAUAACCUCUUCCAGGUUUCCAUAACUCCAUUGCUCAAUAAUUUGCCAAGAGUAACCAUUAACCCAGCCCUUAGACCUGCUCCCCUUUGGAGAUGAUUUUUCCAGUCGCUGAUCAGCAGAGCCAGGUCACCUCAUGCCAUUUCUGAACCUCAGGCAGGAUCUUAGUUUAGUGUAGCUAGGACAGUUUUUAAAAAAUUAUGUGGUGUGUGAGUGUGAGUGUGAGUGUGUGUGUACAAGCAGCACAGGUAUGGAGGACAGAGGACAAUCUGGGUACAAAAUUGAAGGUACUUUUACCUGCUAAGCCAGCACUGAAGUUUUUGUUUGUUUGUUUAUUGUUUUGUAAAGUAUGGUUUUUUUUCUUUCCCUCAGAAACUCCUUCCUUCUCCUUCUUUCCCAUCCAGAUGGAUCAUCAGUCAGAGAUACCCUGUGUCCUUAGGGGUGAGAGGACUGUAGUAUGGUUGUAUGUGUUCUAAUUAGGUCUACUUUCAGAAUUUAGUGUCUUUCAGAUACUUAUACUUCCUCUUCAGGGGUUCCAAAAUAAUCAAGCCCCGUGUUGCUCCUGUGGUUGGUGAUCAUCUCCUGCAAUCAGGAAACAGGCAAAGAAGGAGGAAGACUGCCUCUGGCCCUUUAAGGUCGGCCUCCGGGCUCUGGCCUUCUCCACCGUGGCCCAGACCCUUUUUCCAGGCGGGGACCUUAGUUUAGGGCGGGCUCCGCCCAACAUCAAUCAAAGCUCUGCGACACGGCUGCUUAGCAACGGCAGAGGGCGGGAAUUUUGAACACUCUAGCACCGCCCCCAAUGCAAACGGACCAAUCGACAUCUAGCGUCCUCACCGCCUUCCCGUUGGAUGGCUAAGCAGACCCUUUCAGCCACUAAGGGGGCGGGGCGAGCGCGCGCGGCCCACGCCUACAGGCUGCAGGCUUGCGGCGGUUGGUCAGGGAGGUGGAUCGUCGCGGCUGAGAUCCAUCUGUGCGUGCUGUGGAGCUCGGGAUACCUGGGCAUUGCUUACUAUGACACUAGUGACUCCACUAUCCACUUCAUGCCAGAUGCCCCAGACCACGAGAGCCUAAAGCUUCUCCAGAGAGUUCUGGAUGAAAUCAACCCCCAGUCUGUUGUCACAAGUGCCAAACAGGAUGAGGCUAUGACUCGAUUUCUAGGGAAGCUUGCCUCCGAGGAGCACAGAGAGCCAAAGGGACCUGAAAUCAUACUUCUGCCAAGCGUGGAUUUUGGUCCAGAGAUAAGCAAACAGCGUCUCCUUUCCGGAAACUACUCCUUCAUCUCAGACUCCAUGACUGCUACUGAGAAAAUCCUUUUCCUCUCCUCCAUUAUUCCCUUUGACUGUGUCCUCACGGUCCGGGCACUUGGAGGACUGCUCAAGUUCCUGAGUCGAAGAAGAAUUGGGGUUGAACUGGAAGACUAUGAUGUUGGCGUCCCUAUCCUGGGAUUCAAGAAGUUUGUAUUGACCCAUCUGGUGAGCAUAGAUCAAGACACUUACAGCGUUCUACAGAUUUUCAAGAGUGAGUCUCACCCCUCGGUGUACAAAGUAGCCAGUGGGCUGAAGGAGGGGCUCAGCCUUUUUGGAAUCCUCAACAGAUGCCGCUGUAAGUGGGGACAGAAGCUGCUCAGGCUGUGGUUUACACGUCCAACCCGGGAGCUAAGGGAACUCAAUUCCCGACUGGAUGUCAUUCAGUUCUUCCUGAUGCCUCAGAACCUGGACAUGGCCCAGAUGCUGCACCGACUCCUGAGCCACAUCAAGAAUGUGCCUCUGAUUCUGAAACGCAUGAAGUUGUCCCACACCAAGGUCAGUGACUGGCAGGUCCUCUACAAGACUGUGUACAGUGCUCUCGGCCUGAGGGAUGCCUGCCGUUCUCUGCCACAGUCCAUCCAGCUUUUUCAGGACAUUGCCCAGGAGUUCUCUGACGACCUGCAUCACAUUGCCAGCCUCAUCGGGAAGGUGGUGGACUUUGAGGAAAGUCUUGCUGAAAAUCGCUUCACAGUCCUCCCUAACAUAGACCCUGACAUAGAUGCCAAGAAGCGAAGGCUGAUAGGGCUUCCGAGCUUCCUCACUGAAGUUGCUCAGAAGGAGCUGGAGAACCUGGACUCUCGCAUCCCCUCAUGCAGUGUCAUCUACAUCCCUCUGAUUGGCUUCCUUCUUUCCAUUCCCCGCUUGCCUUUCAUGGUGGAAGCUAGUGACUUUGAGAUUGAGGGGCUGGACUUCAUGUUUCUCUCAGAGGACAAGCUGCACUAUCGUAGCGCCCGGACCAAGGAGCUGGACACGCUGCUGGGAGACCUGCACUGCGAGAUCCGGGACCAGGAGACCCUGUUGAUGUACCAGCUGCAGUGCCAGGUGCUGGCACGGGCUUCGGUCUUGACUCGGGUAUUGGACCUUGCCUCCCGCCUGGACGUCCUGUUGGCUCUUGCCAGUGCUGCCCGGGACUACGGCUAUUCGAGACCGCAUUACUCUCCCUGUAUCCAUGGAGUACGAAUCAGGAAUGGCAGGCAUCCUCUGAUGGAACUGUGUGCACGAACCUUCGUGCCCAACUCCACGGACUGUGGUGGGGACCAGGGCAGGGUCAAAGUCAUCACUGGGCCCAACUCCUCAGGGAAAAGCAUAUAUCUCAAGCAGGUAGGCUUGAUCACUUUCAUGGCCCUGGUGGGCAGUUUCGUGCCUGCAGAGGAGGCCGAGAUUGGGGUAAUCGACGCCAUCUUCACUCGAAUUCACAGCUGCGAAUCCAUCUCCCUCGGCCUCUCCACCUUCAUGAUUGAUCUCAACCAGGUGGCGAAAGCAGUGAACAAUGCCACAGAGCACUCGCUGGUCCUGAUCGAUGAAUUCGGGAAGGGGACCAACUCGGUGGAUGGCCUGGCACUUCUGGCUGCUGUGCUCCGUCACUGGCUAGCACUGGGACCCAGCUGCCCCCACGUCUUUGUAGCCACCAACUUCCUGAGCCUUGUUCAGCUGCAGCUGCUGCCGCAAGGACCCCUGGUGCAGUAUUUGACCAUGGAGACUUGUGAGGAUGGGGAAGACCUUGUCUUCUUCUACCAGCUUUGCCAAGGCGUCGCCAGUGCCAGCCACGCCUCCCACACAGCGGCCCAGGCUGGGCUUCCUGACCCACUCAUUGCUCGUGGCAAAGAGGUCUCAGACUUGAUCCGCAGUGGGAAACCCAUCAAGGCCACGAAUGAGCUUCUGAGGAGGAACCAAAUGGAAAACUGCCAGGCACUGGUGGAUACGUUUCUAAAACUGGACUUGGAGGAUCCCACCCUGGACCUGGACAUUUUCAUUAGUCAGGAAGUGCUGCCCGCUGCUCCCACCAUCCUCUGAGAGUCCUCCCUCGCCUCCCAGCUACCUGAGCCCCGGGGCCUACCAUGCCUUUUCGGGUUUUUUUUUUUCCCUUACUGCAGAGUUCUCAGUUUGCACAUUGUGUCUUGUGCUAGGAAUAAAGCUUAUUUUAGAUCAA